AUGAAGAGUUUUUUCCUAGUUGUGAAUAUCCUGGCAUUAACUCUGCCUUUUUCGAGUGCAGAGAUGCAAAACCAGGAACAAUCAACAUGCUGUAAGAAUGACGAAAGAUUGUUUGAUCAGAAAACAGUCAAAUAUAUCCCAAUUCGCUAUGUGCUGAAUAGCUCUCCUCGUCAAGAACCCAACUACUACCAACAUAGACCAGUUGUACCAAUUAAUAAUCAAUAUAUGCUUUAUCGAUAUUAUGCAAGACCAGUUGCAGUUAGGCCACAUGCCCAAAUUCCUCAGUGGCAAGUCCUGCCAAAUAUCUCCCCAUCCACUGAGGCACGUCAUCCAUACCAACGUCCGUCAUUUAUUGCCAUUCCUCCAAAGAAACCUCAGGAUAAAACAGUCAUCCCUAACAUCAACACCACUGCUACUGUUGAGCCUACAAUUAUUGCUACCACUGAACCAGCAGUGAACAAUGUAGUCAUUCCAGAAGCUUCCUCAGAAUCCAUCAUCACAAGCACACCUGAGACUACCACAGUCCCAGUUACUUCACCCGUGAUCUAA